UUCCGCAAGAAAAAAAUGGCGCCAAACACUCGCCGGUCUCCGCUUUCUUUCCCGACACUCUGCCUGCUCUUACUGGCGGUGUCUCAUCCUCCUGCUACUGCCUCCGGUGGCCAUGACUACUACGACGCUUCUAAGAGCAUUCUCUUCUUUGAAGGCCAACGCUCUGGUAAGCUCCCUCCAGAUCAGCGCCUCAAGUGGCGCCGCGAUUCCGCUCUCAGAGACGGCGCUUCCGUUGGGCUCGACCUCACCGGUGGUUACUACGACGCUGGCGAUAACAUCAAGUUCGGUUUUCCGAUGGCUUUCACGACAACAUUGCUGUCAUGGAGCAUUAUCGAUUUCGGCAAGAAUAUGGGUCCAGAGCUGAAUAACGCUGUCAAGUCCAUUAAGUGGGCGACAGAUUAUCUCUUGAAGGUAACGACAGUGCCGGAAACCGUUUACGUCCAGGUAGGCGACGCACUCUCCGAUCACAACUGUUGGGAACGGCCGGAGGAUAUGGACACUCUCCGCACAGCUUUUAAGGUCGACCGGGCCCACCCCGGAUCCGAUGUGGCAGGUGAAACUGCCGCUGCUUUAGCUGCUGCUUCCAUCGUGUUCCGAUCACGUGACCCUGGGUACUCCCAUCUCCUUCUCAACAGAGCCGUUAAGGUGUUCGAGUUUGCUGACAAGUACCGAGGUGCGUACAGUACAAGCUUGAAGCAUGUAGUGUGCCCUUUCUACUGUGAUGUGAAUGGGUACCAGGAUGAGUUGCUUUGGGGAGCUGCAUGGUUGCACAAGGCAUCAAGGAGGCGCGAAUACAGAGAAUACAUAGUGAGGAACGAGGUGGUCUUGCACGCAGGGGAUACCAUUAAUGAGUUUGGUUGGGAUAAUAAGCACGCCGGGAUUAACGUCCUCAUUUCCAAGGAAGUAUUAAUGGGGAAUGCUGAUUAUUUUAAUAACUUCAAGCACAACGCUGAUGCCUUCAUCUGUUCGCUUUUGCCUGGAAUUUCUCAUCCUCAAGUCCAAUAUUCUCCAGGUGGGCUUAUCUUCAAAGCUGGUGGCAGUAACAUGCAACAUGUAACGUCGCUGUCUUUCCUAUUAUUAGCCUACUCUAAUUACCUAAGCCACUCCAAUAGGGUUGUGCCAUGUGGUGGCACGUCUGCCAACUCAGUUCAGCUCAAGCGCUUGGCUCAACUUCAGGUGGAUUACAUUCUCGGCGAUAAUCCGGUAAGGAUGUCGUACAUGGUGGGAUACGGCGCACGUUAUCCACAACGGAUUCAUCAUCGUGGAAGCUCGCUUCCUUCUGUGGGGGCCCAUCCAGCCCACAUUGGUUGCAAAGAAGGCUCACGCUACUACCUGAGUCCCAAUCCCAACCCUAACGUGCUUGUAGGAGCAGUCGUUGGUGGGCCCAACAGCACCGAUGCUUUUCCGGAUUCAAGGUCAUAUUUCCAAGAGUCUGAGCCCACUACGUACAUCAAUGCACCAUUGGUGGGGCUUUUAGCUUACUUUUCGGCCCAUCCGUGAUUCCAUAUAAAUAUGCAUAUAAUUGUUACUUUGUAAAAGCAAAUUUAGUGGUGCGCAAUAGGCACCCUGCGCAUUGUAGACAAUGUAGUAGUACCAUGAAGAAUCUCAUAUUGCCGUUAUUGAUGAAUGAAUACAAAAAGCUCUGAUUUCUAACGCA